GAAAAAAAGGCCUUAAUGAUCAAUCACAAGGUGCAUUCCCUUUCUCAGCUUAUAUAACCCUCUUUUCCUCUCAUCAAUUCAAUUCCUUUAUCUUUGCAUAUUAAACCCACUUCAUUGAUCUUUUCAAUCUUUGUAUACAAUCCAAACUGAAACUAGUCCUCCUCAUUGUCUUUUUAUUCUCUCUUUCACUUCCAAACAAUAACAAGUAAACUGUUUGACCAAUAAGUGAAUAAAAAUGAGCAUGAAUGAACUCCAACAAUACUCAGAAACAGAAAGCACUUCAAACUCAAACCCAUCAUCCCCAUCCUCACCUCAACAACAACAACAACAACAAAACCCAAAAAAAACCAAGCGUAAUAUUCACGAGCGUGACUCAGGAAAGCACACAGUGUACCGUGGAGUCCGCAUGAGAAACUGGGGCAAAUGGGUGUCUGAAAUCCGCGAGCCACGCAAGAAAUCACGCAUAUGGCUCGGAACUUUCCCAACUCCAGAAAUGGCCGCUAGAGCUCAUGACGUUGCUGCUCUUAGCAUCAAAGGUAACUCUGCCAUUCUCAAUUUCCCAGAGCUCGCUGACUCUCUGCCACGCCCUGCUUCACUAGCCCCACGUGAUGUUCAAGCCGCGGCAGCCAAAGCAGCCCAGAUGACCAAGUUUGAUUCUUUAGCUCCUUCGGCUUCAUUGUCUACGUUGGUUUCAGCGAUGGACUUGUCUAAGGAGUCAGAGGAGUUGAGUCAGAUUGUUGAGUUGCCGAGUUUGGGGACGAGUUAUGAGUCAGAGCAGGAUUUUAGUAAGGAAUUUGUGUUUGUUGACUCGGUUGAUGGAUGGGGGAUGUACUCGCCGCCAUGGUUUCAGACUAAUAUGGAGAAUUUUGGAGCAGAGACUAAUGUGAUGCUAAAUAGCUUUGAAGGUUUAUUGUGGGAAUGUUAAUUGCUCUGCUUUUGUCAUUUGUGGAUGUGAAUGAUUUGGUUUCAUGUGUAAUUCUACUCAAAGUAGAGAGAGAGGGGACCGUACCGCUUGGGUAAUGCAGAAUUUAGCUUUAAUUGGCAGAAGAUGACAGAUGGGUGAAACAUUGUGAGCUGGGAUUCUGAAGUGACACUUAAAUUUUCCCAAUGGGGUACCCACCAAGUGUCUAUCUUUUACUUGUUUUUGCCCCCCAUUUGACCAUUUCUUUAUGUUAUCUCUUGCAUUUUGUUGAACAGGGCUGACAUAUAGUAGUAAGCUAUAAUUUGGACCAUUUCUCUGUUAAGGAUUAAUAAGACGAGUAGUGUCCAUCUAUGAUGGACCAUUGAUAUUUUUUUAAAA